AGCAGCAGCACAAGUCAGUCGAAUCGGACCGAGAUCGACGUUUUUGAGUUGUGUAAAUAUUUUCAAGAUGGACGGUCGCAUUGCCGUAUCGCUCCGCUGCGUGUGAGUUCAGUUUCCAGAUUUCAAUCUCUGUUGUGGAAAUGAUGUUCUGAUCCGCUGCUCCGAACUGCUUGCUGGAAUCAAAAUCUAUUGUGCAAAAUAGUGUUCAACUACUGAGUAGAAUUCGAUUACUUUUUCUCCGUAUCACUGACCACCAUACGAGAUGAAAGAGGAUUUUGAUCAUAUUAUUUUCUGAGUUGACAACUGCAACGAAGGAGCUGAUGAGCGAAAAAUUAUUUGGUGUGAAUUUACAUGUAAUUGUGACGAGUGUUCGGUGUUAUUAGUUUAGAUUUCUUGUCAAAGUCUACUAUUCCAGUAUCAGAUAUGUACUAACAGUGGAGUCAUGCGCUAAAGUCCUGCCCGAAACAGAUGUUUCAAUUAUAAACAAUCCGUGUGAACCCGAGCAGGAAGCUGCGAAGAGAAUCGAUCCAUUUCGAGAAGUGAGAAGAAAAAAAACGACUAGAUUAGCAACCUGUCUAAAGUGAAAAAUUUGCGUGAAACGCUGGGUGUAAAAUUUCGACUUCCCUACUCCGUUGUCGUCUUGUGUGUCACAUCGUGUUCACCGUUGUGGAAAUUGUAGCGAAAGACCAAUCGCCCCGGGGAAAAGCGGUGGAAAUCAACGGAGGCGUCGUCGGUGUGGUUGUGCUCGUGUUUGCAUUCGAUCAGGAGAGAAAAUUUUCACUCAGCAAUGGGCGGUGAUGUUUGUUAAAAAUAGCUGCCAGUGGAAGAAAAGGAAAUUCUUGUCAUCUGUGGCAGUGCUUGAUUUCUCCAUGAUACCUACCAUGUAUUCUUACCCAGCGUGAAACGCGGCCAAGUUUUGGAAAGUGAUAAAGGCCAAACCAAGUGUCCGGUUCGGGGUGGGUGAAUGUGCUAAGAGACCGUAACAUACACACAUACCGCGGGAAGGAAAAUACCUGGGUGGGGUAUUCCCGAAGUGCUUCGAUUUUGGGAGCUGGAGAAGAGCAAGCAAGCGCUUGUUUUGCGGCUUGAUUGAGGUGUUUUACUGCCAUCUGAGAAAAAGGUGAGUGAAUGGGUGCACGAUCGUCGUCAUCACCAUCAUCAUCGUCGGCAUCCGUGGACCUGUUUUUAGGGGCCGCACACUCUCAGGACCGGUUUGUCGGCCGACAUCAUCGGCGAUCAUACCACUUGUACGAACGAGAAUCAAACACCAGUUAAGAUGUGUUGCUUGGAAAGUGACACGACCGGUGCCGGAAGCUUGCUCCACUGGACUGCAGCGGCAUAGUAGGCGAUCGCGCUCAGUCUUCCAAGAAGCACUCGAACAAACAUUCAGCCGACAGUGCAACUGUCAAACAACAAACGGUCAACCGAUCCAUUGUAGAAUCCCAGUUCACCAUCCUCGGCAACAUCACCAUGAUGAGUAACACCAGUAAACACUAUCAGUUUGGAGGGGGAGCCACCGCUGCUACUCAACCGGAAGCUGCCAGUAUUGGCGCUACCGGCGGCGGUAUAAUCAUCAGAAUGUCCGAAAAACAGCGCACCGUCAGCGACAGCGAGUCAGAAAUCAAUUACGACAUGUUCAACAGCAGCGUAACAAACUCCGAGUAUGGCGGCUCGGUGAUGAACACCUCACAGAUUUCAAACGCGUCAUCCGAUUCAACGCACAUCAAAAGUGCCAAUCUGACGCGGUCGCAAAAUUUAGGAGGAUCCUGUCGCUUCCCGAAGCUAGAAGAAUGCGCCCACUUUCACUACGAGCGAGUUCAGCUGGGCAAACUGACGGUUCGCUUGGUGGCGGACGAGAAGAACGAUUCCCAGCUGGGACCGCAGAGUGGCCAAAGCUCCCUGCUUGCUAGUACCGAUCUCAGUAGCUCGCAAAUGGCGGUCAAAAAUUCCUGGUUCAUCAUUCGAAUAACGGCUGGCCGGUCGGACUCUUUUAUGAUCAAGCGUUCCUUCGAGAAUAUGCGGUUCCUGGACGAGAUGCUGCAUCGAUGUGUGUAUGACCGCAGGGUUAGUGAGCUGGAGAAUCUAAAGGAGAUGGAUGUUUCGGAUAAGUCAGAUGAGGAGCUGGAGACGCUGGUGGGAGCGUAUCUCACUCGGUUGUCGGUUAUCGCUUCGGAUGCUAUGACCUGUGGGCCUGUACUAACUUGGUUGCAGAUCGAUAACAAAGGACGCCGACUUCCGGUGGCGGACGAGCAAACAAUGAAGUGCAUCAAUACACCAGCGGUAGGAGCUGCUUACGGGGUGAGGAGAUACGUGGCACAAGCGUGCGAUGAGAUUUCUAUCGAGGUUGGGGACAUGAUUUCGGUCAUUGAUAUGCCCAGUCCUGCCGAAUCAAUCUGGUGGCGUGGAAAGAAAAGCCACUUGCAAAAGAACCAAUAUGAAGUUGGGUUUUUCCCUCAGAGCUGCGUGGCCACAAUCGGCGAUAAGGUUCCUCGCCACAUGCCCUUCCCUGCUCCACUGGUUGGCUCCCUGGCUGUGUCACCAACAAAACCAGUGCUCAGGAAACAUGGUAAAUUGAUAGCCUUCUUCCGAAGUUUCAUACUAUCCAGACCUUCCAGACGUCGGCUUAAACAAAGCGGAAUUUACAAAGAGCGGGUGUUUUCGUGUGACUUGGGCGAACACUUGCUCAACAGCGGUCAAGACAUUCCAAUGGUUCUGAAAUGUUGUGCGGAGUUCAUCGAAGAGUACGGAAUAGUGGAUGGAAUCUAUCGUCUGUCGGGGAUCACCUCCAACAUACAGAAGCUCAGACGUGCUUUCGAUGAGGAACGAAUUCCGGAUUUAACACACCCGGAAAUCAAGCAAGACAUUCACGCCGUGAGUUCCUUACUGAAGAUGUACUUCCGCGAACUCCCAAAUCCCCUGUGCACAUACCAGCUGUACGACCACUUUGUAGACGCUAUUCAAACACGACCAGACGCUCCUACUGAUCUCAAACUGCGAUUGAUCCGACAAACCGUUCAAAAACUACCGCCUCCGCAUUAUCGAACGCUAAAGUAUCUGGCAACGCAUUUGUACAAAAUUUCGCGUCAUUCAACAAGCACUGGAAUGACAGAACGUAACAUUGCUAUCGUUUGGGCACCGAAUCUGCUCCGUUCGCCGGCUUUGGAAUCCGGUGGGGUAGCUGCGCUUCGUGGUGUCGGUGUGCAGGCUGUUGUCACCGAGUAUUUGAUCAGCAACUGCGAACAGAUCUUCGAUGAUAAUGCGGAUGAUUUCGGCAGCCAUUACGUGGAAUCGCAACCGAAUUCUCUCAGCGAUUCCAAUAGCAUUCAAAAUCACGGUGGAGUGGAUCAGGACCUGUCGCUUUCGAUGGAAAGACCAAAGAGCCUGAGCGUAGGUGGAGCCAAAUUGUUGAGUCUUGAAGAAGCUCGGAUUCGGAAGAACUGCAUGGAAAAUAGCGAAAAAUCGAUACCCAUCAAUAUCACAAACCCCUCAACGCACAUUGGAUCCUACAUCGAAGUCGGUGGGGGUCCAUCCAGUUUACCGGAUAAGUACCACACAGUGCUGCCAGUGCCAAGAAGCUGGAAUAAACGAAAAUCACAUUCGUCUUGGAAGUCAAUAUUCACCAGACAACCGCGGCAGUCGAACAGCAACCAAGACAUUAAGGAGUACAGCAACGCUUCAACGCCCACGUCAAAGGACCCACCCGUAAUCAUCACCAAUGGACGAACGCCGGACCAGGAACGCAUGAAACCAGAUCAGAAUGGCUGCAUCAAGGAGAGCAACAGCGGGCUACUGCAGGAUAAGAUGACUAAAAGCGUAGACCUCUUCGACGGCAAAUCACUCACAAUCGAGUCCUGCGCACGGUCAAGUUCGGUGGACAGUUUGCGAACCACUGGCCACAGCCGUUCAGUUUCGCACGAUUCAUACUUUGAUUUGCUGCAGUCACCGUUGCGCGGCGGAGCCGUUACCUGCCCCAGCCGCGAACUGUCGGAGCUUGGACUGAAUUUCGAUCGCGAAGAACCAGAAAUGCGCAUCUUUUCCGAGAGCGAGAGUUUGGUCAGCAGCCCCAAGGUGGCAAAGGAGUCCGUACGAAGAACACUGAGAGCGCGACCAGAAGAAUAUACCAGUGGUGGAAACAGUGUAAAUCCCAGCCCGAAAAAACAGCCGCGAUUAAAUAUUCAGAGCCCAACGGAAGCCAACAAGCAGCAGCAACAGUGGAUGGUUGCUACAGCAAACACCGGAUCGCUGAAUGCAGACGAAAGUCUCUGCAAACGGUACAAGCUGGAAGAUCAGCUCAGCGAUAUCCAGUACAUUGACUGCAACACCCCGGAGCACAACGUUUCCAGUGCGGGAUCUUCAUUGAACAAUAAUACGAUUUUUACCAGUGCACAGGUGCACCGGUCACCGUUGCAGGAGGAUUCGGAUGGCGAGAAUGAACCAGCUGGUAUGAGAAAUUCCUAUCCAGGACCUCAGUAUAGCUACGUGAAGUACGACUCUCCAAUCAAGGAAACCCGGUUCAGCUAUCCGGGAUCUAGUGCCAAAAACAGGGGAACUUCACGAGAUGCUAAGGAGCAGGCGAUGAAUGUAGAUGAGCAACAACAACAGCAGCAGCAGCAGCAAUCGGUACAAAAGAACGGAUCAUCGCUUUACGAGAGUUUUAUUCUGUGCAGCCAGGCCGCCAAGCCGCCUCAAUAUCCGGGUCGUUACAGCUACUAUCAGGCCAGUGGGGGUGCCAGCGUCGACAACGGUGGGAUCGGUUCGAGCUCCGGUGAGCCUAGGGCUUGUGAUGAUUUGCAGGUAGUUCCCCGCAGUUGCUCCGAAAAUGUGCUCCGGAAAAGCGACACACAAAAGAGCAAACUGAGUAUUAUGACGCCCCAGUCGCCGGUUCAGAGUCCGUGUUACUCGCUGCUGCUCGGAUCGACGAGCUCCGAUAACAGUAGCAAUUUGAAUACACCAACAUACGAAUUGGAUAUUUCGCGAGUUUUAGGCCAGCAGCAGCUGCUAUCACAGUCAUCAGAUAAAACCAAAGACGAAACCGAAACGAGAGACAUUAAAGCACUAAAGCGAGAGCUUUCACUUGAUCUGAGCGAAGCUGGCAUCAAACUGAGCAGUGGAAAACAUUUGGCGACGAAGAAGACAUCCUCCCCCAAUACCCCAUCGAAUUUCGCCUCAGAUAACACAAACACCAACACAACGACGACUACCAGUCAGUCGAUGACACCAAGCGAAUUCUGCUACCAAAAUCUUAACCCAGAUCUUUCCCCCGGAGAGCUGGUUACAUUCGCCCCAAAGGUGGCGGCAAACAAACCGGGAACACCGAUCAAAGCUACAAUCAACAUAACCUACAAUGUACGCUCUCCCAUCCGGAAAGAACAAGAAGACAGUAUAUUUCGUUCACCGGCUUAUUCUGCUGGUUCCGUCACUCCCACUUCGCCAAAAAUCAUAACGCAACCGAAAGUCAUCGAGGAUUUACCCGAUGAAGACGAAUACCAACGUGAGCGGCGGAGUAUCUAUGAAAAUGUGUUGGUAACUCCGCUGGAUUCGCCCUCACAGCCGGGAAAGGAAGCGGCUGCUGCCAAACGGUUGCUGGAGACCAAUUUCGAUGAAACGAUGGUUUACGAACAAGUUAAAUUCUAUAAAAACGCGGUGUCCGAGGUAAACCAUUUACUGGGCGAAGAGGAGGAUGAUCGUCAUGCGAAAGAAGUGUGUGACGUUGAGACGUCUUCCAGACUGGUGGAUUUGUCCAUCAACGAGGAAGAGGUUAAAGUACCUGAACAAGACGAGUUUGAAGAAAAGUCAAAAGUUAAGCUAAAAAUCAAAGAAGACGAGGACGAAGAGGAGGAAGACGACGACGAUGAGAACACUGACGGUAUUAACAAUAACAAGCAAGACGCUCAUUCGAGACUCGGGACGGACUCGUCCCAUUCGGAGGUGAAGGAAAAAAUAGAUUUCAUUCUGACGAGCAAGAGUGAGGAGGAAAGUGACGAUGUUCCGAUGUCAGAUGUGAACGACGAUAGUCUUGAGUUUGAUAACACAGACGUCUCCCUGUAUGAGAAUGUAGAGCUGCGGAAAAAACCUUUCGCGCCCGUUUAUGAAAACAUGCGACCAGGACCGAUCAAUUCGAUCUGUUCUACACUUAAGUCAACAACUGACGACGAAUUCUCCUCACUCUGUGCCGAUCGCAGUGAUAUGGACAACGAAAUGGAGUACAGAAUAGAAAUACCCCCCAAAAUCGAGCUGAAACCGUCGACCAACAACGUAAGCGUGAAGCAGUUAGCAACAAAGUUCGAAACUAGUCCGGUGGACUCAAAUCCACCAUUUGAUUUUCAGCAGCAGUCCCGUCUGAACAACAAUCGGGGAAGCGCAGGCCCUGUAGUAACGAUCCGAAACAAAUCCGCUAAAGACUAUCAGAACCUUACAAACAUAACCCGUAGCCUGGACGAAAACGCGUUCAUUCGCGAAUUCGGAAGCGCUCGAAAGCUGGAAAGCUUCAACAAAAGCAUCCAGCAGAUUCCCGAAAUCGAUAUCAUCCUGAACGAGAACAACCCGAACCGCCGCAAGUCGCUAGACUUUACCAGACCAAAGAGCCUCAAUCCACCGAAAAAGCUACCUUCGUUGGUUGGCGAGGGGAUCGAAAACGUGAACGACAAUGGCGCUGGAGCUACUCCUCCUCACGACUGUUGCCGGCAGCAGCAGCAGCAGAAAUGCUCUCCACCGCCUAACCUGAAGCUAGAUCUCUCGACCAAGAUAGAGGACACCAAAGAAGCCAGACUGUACAAUGUGCGUAUCACACCGACCACCGAGAACCGGAUUUCACUGGUUCAGUACAACUACGAUAACCGACUCAAUCGACGAGAUUCCCAACCGCUACUGCAGCAGGAUGAAGACCGCAACAGCAUAACAAGUAUCUCCAGCCUAAAAAUGCUCGGUAGUUGUAAGCUGGACCGCAGCCGAAUCGAAAAAAUUAAGGAAGAACGUCGUCAUCAACUGAGCGAGAAGUAUCGGUCCGAAUCCUUUAAAGGGGAGCGUAUUUCCGGCGAUUACGGUCGGUUAAAAUCUAAAUCUAAAUCAGAGUUGCGAGAGUUCAACGGGGACGGUGAUGCAGCAGUUGAUACCGGUAAAAAGUACGACUCGUUACGCUUCCGCUCGAAGUCCCGUGUCGAGUUGUCUGAUCAACGGCAGUUUAAUAGCGGCGGUGGUGGUGGUGGUCGUGGAGGCGUUGGUCUAGGUGCUGCAGUUUCGCUCAAUACAGUCGCCCCCAGCGGUGGAGGUCGAACGCGACGGAUAAGCGAUGAGAAAAAUCAAAACGAUUGCAUCGUAGCUUCCUGCAGUCCGCCGCGAAUCGUGGCAAACAUUCCACAGGAUGCCAGCAUUUCGCAGGUGUGUGAUAGCAAGUUCGAAUUCAAGACGCGCCAGAAGUUCGACAAACGGAACAGCACCAACAGUGGCGAUUAUCCGGUCUCGCUGUCCGCUGGCCGGGAGCGGGACAGUUUCAACGGCGGCACGCCGAAAAGUUUUGCAAGGAGCGGCUCCGGAACACAGCGGGAUCGUUUCUCACCACAGAUUUCAAUCAAGGAUGUUGCAGCAAUGUUCGAGUCAAGGUCGCAAAACCAGUCGUAAAGAAAAUCUUUCAAUAGAAUAGAAGACACAGAGUAGCGCAGUUAUAUCCGUCGUGUGCUACUUACGGGGAGAUGAAUAUUUUAGAUAAAAUCAAAAAGCCCAGCAUCAAACCGCAAACUCGGAAAGAGGCGCAAAAAUAAACAUACUAAAAAAACAGUCAGAAACACAAGCCAUUGAUAUUACUUCUUACGAAUACUACGCAUAGAUUCCUGUGACUACUUUUUUGCUAGAUAAAAGCAACAGAUUAACUACUAGGACUACUCUAAUAAAACAAAAACAUCCCUCAGACGUUAUUCGGUAUUCUGGUGGGAGGAUAUUUAUUUUACAAAUCUACCUACAACUACGAUAGAAAUAAUUAUAAAACCCAAUUCAAGGGAGAAUCUCGUUCGCGCACUCCUUCUCUAAUCUUCACAAACAACCGAUGUAAAAUGAAUAAUACUCGAAGAAAAACGUGUAACUGCUAUUUAAUUGCCACUAACUGCUUAUAAAACAAGUAAAACAGAAUGCUAUUUUAUGCAUUUAAUAAUUGACUGCUGAAACAAGGAAUCAACUUACUAACUAAUAAAUGCAUUCACUAGACUUUUGUCUUAUCUUUGCUACAAAAAAAAAACACAAAACGAGCACUCCAGAUUUGAUAGUUGCCAGAGUUGAUUGAAUAUUAUCGCGAGAAAAAAAAAAUCAUUAAAGUUUUAACUAAUUUCGGUUAACAUAUUCGGUUGGAAUGUAUAUACCCGCGAAACCAGUUUUUUUCUACUGAUCAGUUUUCAUUGCAUAGUAUAAAACUCGGUAUUGCACACUGAACAAGUCGUUAGGCUGUACAUCACACUGAUUGCGUAGAUUCUAGGUUUUGUUUAGGUCUAUUGAUUUGUCUAAUUCAACGGAUAAGUUUAUUUGCUCGUUUUAAAAACGGACUCGUUCUUUUUUGAUUGAUUACUCGUUUGCUCUUGUACGAAAGUGAAGCGUAUACAAAUUCGUUUUUAGGAAGAAAUUUUGUUAUUGUUCUUUUAUCCUUUCUGUUUCCAAAUCACUGUAUAGGUCAACAUAAAUAUGAAAAAAAAUAUCUAACAAAGAAGAAGUAGAAAAUGCGACAAUAAUUUCCCCAUAGCGUUGAUAACUUUAUCCAGUUCAUUGAUUCAAAAAAAAAAAAAACAAUCAAGAUAA